AAGCUGGAAGAGCUCGCGCAGUUCUAUUACAGCCUUAAAAAAAACCGUGAACAUUAGCAGACGUGAAGCUAAUGAUUUUACUCACUGGGCAAGCCGGGCUUAGCUUGUUAUCUGCUAUUGUAUUUCGCAUUUCAAAUAGGAAGUCACUCCUGACAAAGAAAAUGGGUUGCCUUUUCUCAAAGAAGUCAAAAAGAAAACCCGAGAAAGAGCAAGCAGCGGCGGCCACUGCAAACGAAGAGGCGCCAAAACAAUACAGCUGGGACAAACGAGAGAAGGUUGAUCCAAAAGACUACAUGCUGAUCGGCCUCAAGGGUGAAACUGUAGGUCGUUUGCCUAGCACGCUCAAUGGACAACAAUUUGCAAUUCAAGACUGUGAGAACUGUAAUAUUUACAUGUUUGAUCACUCGGCCACCAUCACCAUUGACAACUGCACCAGCUGCAGGUUAUUCCUGGGGCCUGUCAAGGGCAGUGUGUUUUUCCGAGACUGCAAGGACUGCAAGUGCGUGGUGGCGUGCCAGCAGUUCCGCACCAGGGACUGCAAGAAGAUGGAGGUGUUCCUCAGCUGCGCCACCCAGCCCAUCAUCGAGUCCUCCAGCAGCAUGAGGUUCGGCUGCUUCCAGUACUACUACCCUGAGCUCGCCUUCCAGUUUAAAGAUGCCAACUUGAGCAUUUUCAACAACAACUGGAGCAACAUUCAUGACUUUACACCCGUGUCCGGGGAAACAAACUGGAGCUUGCUGCCCGAGGACACCGCGGUGCAGGACUGCAUCCCCCUGCCUGACACGGACGGGUUCAAAGCAGUGAGGGUCUCCACAGAGGCCAGCAGGAGCAUCGUCCCAAUAACCAGCGGCCAGCGGAAGAAGAACAGCGAUGAGUCCUGCCUCUUUGUGUUCUUUGCUGGUGAAUAUACCACAGCUAAUGCAAGGAAACUGACCGAUGAGAUGGUUGGAAAAGGCUUUAUUCUUGUGCAAACUAAGGAGGUUUCAAUGCGACCAGAAGAUGCCAACAGAGUAUUUCAGCAGAAUGCAGAAGACUUCACCUCUUUGAUUGAAAAAGGUCCCGUUGUAGCUUUGGAGUUUAACGGAGAGGGGGCAGUGGAGGCAUGCCGCACUGUGGCAAGUGAUGUCUUCAGCAGCUCCAAGGUCUAUGUGUCUGAAAACAAGGCUUCAGCUUGCAGAGAUGUGGACAAUUUCUUCAACUUUGCAGAUAUGCAGAUGGGAAUUUAAGAUCACAUGAAAAUUAAAACGGUCACAUCUCAAUUUCGUUUCUUUUAUACUUCUGAAAUUUUGUUUUGUAAGUCUUUUCUAACACUAGCAGUAUUGUGUGUUUUGGAGCUUAACACUUUUUUUUGUUUGUUUUCUAAAGAAAUUUGAUUGUAAUAAAUAAAAAUAACCAAAGCAUUGUAUAAUGUGCAGCAAGGUGUUGGUCGCCUGUGUUUAACUGCACUAUUUAUUUGAUAGAUUGGUUGCCAAGAGUUAUCUCUGCGUAAAGAAUGUCAUUUCUGUGCAUGGAUUGUGUUUUGUAUUUCAUUCCGUUGUACAGUUCUUUUGACAUGUCCCUAUAUGUCUUGCAUUAUUAAUGUACGUUUCUUUUAACAGAUGGGACAAAAAAACAUGUAUUUCUUCUUUCUUAUGAACAAAUUGUCCCUUGUCUUUUAAAAAAAAAAAAAAAAAAAAAAAAAAUGUAAACAAUUAAUGUCUUUUUAUCACAUUUAUUUAAAAAAAAAAAUCAGGAAAUCCAAAUUUUGUAGUAGCUUUUAUGGUACUGUAUUAUAAUGUAAUAUUCAAUCAUUAGUGAAUGGAAAUGUAAAGGCAGUGUCCUUCUAAGAAACCUUUUGACUUAUUUCUACUGGGAUCCAUUUCCAUUUGUCUUCAUUCCAUAAAAUGGCUUGUUUUGUUGACUACAACAGAGUUUGUAUAGUGAAUGUAAGUAAAUAACAAUGUAUAUUGUUAGAUCUGAAUCCGUUUUGGUGUGGAAAGUUUGAACCUGUGAAUUACUAAGGGUAGUUAAAGAGCAGCACGUGCCCUGUUGAAUAUCAUGGUUAUCUUUUAUCUGUCAGAGUUCUGUUUUGUUUGUUGUUUUUUUUUUUUGCUCAGAUUCACAGUGUUUGUCAUUUUCUGUUUCAGUCAUCACAUCCUAGUGACUUUUUAAAACUCAGCAGUUUUAAACAACGCAGUUGCCUGCCAGGCCUCUGAACAUGCCUGCUGUAAUCCCAGAUUGAAACCAUUAACCUGCACGCUGCCCCACUUGCAAAUUACCACCUUUAUUACAGUGCUACUGGGUUUGUAUUAGUAUUUCAAACAUCCACUACAACAGCAAGUCACAUUUCUAUAGUGCCUUUCAUCACAAGGAUUCCAAGGCACUUCACACAAACACACACAAAUGAACAAUAAAACCAUUACAUUAAAAACAGUCUAAUACAGAAUUUGAUAGAACAGAAAUUGAGAUACAAAGUGUUUUUUUAAUUGUAAAAAAAAAAAUCUAGUUUGUAGAAGUAGAACAAUUAAAAGUCUAAAACAAACAUUUUUAUUAAAUUGGAAUAAAAAAAAAGAAAAGAAAAUGCAGUUUUGAUUGCAAAAUAGUAAAACCAAGAUGGAAAAGCUGUUUUGUAAGUCCCAGCUUCCCUGACGGAGCGUUCCAUAAUGUAGGAGCUUUACAAGAAGCUGGGGCCAGAGUGUUUGUUAUGAUCUGGAGCAGCAGAGAAGGCAUGUUUAACAGCCUUUGAGGCCACUGAGGUGUUUUACACAUUAAAAUGAUACACAGCGUGUUUCUAAACAGCAAUAGGUGUACACUGGUUAAGAGAACUGGGAGGUUUCAUACUCACACAAGGGUGCUCUUACACGUGCUUGCUUUAAACAAAUCUAUUACAGGCUCUCUGGCAGGCUGGACUUAAUAGUUAUAUUAAACAGAUCAAGUAGAUGGAUUCAACUUUAGUGUGUGAAAUAUGUUCUUUCUGCAGUUUUUACUGAUUUAUGACUUUGGGGGGAAUCGAUACGGUGGAAUACAGAAUGCAAGUUAUACUAGUAUGUGAAUAAUUUAAUUUGAAAAAAAAAUUAUAUAUAUAUACACACACACAAACACACACACUGUAGUUUGAUAUUGCCCUUGAAAAGCCAGGCUGACCAGUUUACAUGGCUAACUUGUGAAGCGCCAGUCUGGGGAUGUGGAUUAAAUGCGCUACACUUUCUAUUUUCAUUCUAAAGGGCUUUGCUUAAGUAUAAAUCAUUUUAUACCUUUUUUUGUUUUAAUGGCUGAACGAAGUUGUGAUCAACUUUUUGCUUAAUUUGGUGUUUUGAGUAAGUUUGGAUGUAUGCCCUUGUAAGCAAGCUAAUCCAAUGCUUCUUGGAAUGACAUUUUGUAUAUUUAAAUGUUGCAUAUUUUGUAUAUGAUUUUAUUUUGUAGCAUUGGUUGUAAAUUGUGAUUCACAAUAAACAUUUCUGAACUGAUUAUGUAAAUUGUUUUACAUGU